UGAGAGAGAAGCUGUCCAUCCUCCCAUGGCUGGUGAGAGGAGGUGAACACCGCCGGGAAAGAUGGUCUCCAGGGUUGGCCCCACAGAGCAGCAGCAGCUCCGGCUCCCAGGCUGGGCCCAGGGAAUGUGGCUGUAGGACACCAUGGACGGAGCCCACGGUGCGGCCCUGCAGCUGCGCCAGCUGCCACCCACAAGCAGCGCCCACCCGCUCACCGAGCUUUCCUUCUCCUACAAGGAGAACUUGAUCGGCGCCCUUUUGGCGAUUUUCGGGCACCUUGUGGUCAGCAUUGCGCUUAACCUACAGAAGUACUGCCACAUCCGCCUGGCAGGCUCCAAGGACCCCCGAGCCUAUUUCAAGACCAAAACAUGGUGGCUGGGCCUGUUCCUGAUGCUGCUGGGCGAGCUGGGCGUGUUUGCCUCCUACGCCUUCGCUCCGCUGUCGCUGAUCGUGCCCCUUGGUGCGGUCUCCGUGAUAGCUAGUGCCAUCAUAGGAAUCAUAUUCAUCAAAGAAAAAUGGAAACCCAAAGACUUUCUGAGGCGCUACGUCUUGUCCUUCGUCGGCUGUGGUCUGGCCAUCGUGGGCACCUACUUGCUGGUGACAUUCGCACCCAACAGCCACGAGAAGAUGACAGGCGAGAACAUCACCAGGCACCUCGUGAGCUGGCCUUUUCUCUUGUACAUGCUUGUGGAGAUCAUCCUGUUCUGCUUGCUGCUCUACUUCUACAAGGAGAAGAAUGCCAACAACAUCAUCGUGAUUCUUCUCCUGGUGGCAUUACUGGGCUCUAUGACGGUGGUGACCGUGAAGGCCGUGGCCGGGAUGCUCGUCUUGUCCAUACAGGGGAAUCUGCAGCUCGACUACCCCAUCUUCUACGUGAUGUUUGUGUGCAUGGUGGCCACCGCUGUCUACCAGGCUGCGUUUUUAAGUCAAGCCUCACAGAUGUACGACUCCUCUUUGAUUGCCAGCGUGGGCUACAUUCUGUCCACUACCAUUGCCAUCACGGCAGGCGCAGUGUUUUACCUGGACUUCAUCGGGGAGGACGUACUGCACAUCUGCAUGUUUGCACUGGGGUGCCUCAUUGCAUUCUUGGGCGUCUUCUUAAUCACACGUAAUCGGAAGAAGGCCAUUCCAUUCGAGCCCUAUAUUUCCAUGGAUGCCAUGCCAGGUAUGCAAAACAUGCAUGACAAGGGAAUGACAGUUCAGCCUGACCUCAAAGCUUCUUUUUCCUAUGGGGCCCUGGAAAACAACGACAACGUUUCAGAGAUCUACGCUCCUGCCACGCUGCCCAUCAUGCAAGAGGAACACAGCUCCGGGGGUGCCUCUGGGGUGCCCUACCGAGUCCUGGAACACACCAAGAAGGAAUGAGCCCGCCUUGAAGGAGACUGCCCUUCCCUCCAUUUAUAACUGCUCUCAAGCCAGGCCGACAGUGAGCAGUUCGACCCUGAAUUCUAAAGUUUGCCUUUCAAGUUCUUACUUUUUUUAAACCGAGAACUCUCUAGAAGGGGAUCUCGGAGACCUUUGUCUCUGGCAAAGAAUGUAUUAUCUUGGUCUCAGAGGUUUUAGAUGACCGGGG